AUGGUCUCCUACCGCAUUAUCACCCUCCUCGCCCUCGCCGCUACUGGGGUCAUCGCUGCUCCUUGUGAGGCUGGCAACGCGAACAACGCCGCCGGAACCGGAGUCGCGGCCGCCUCCAACGCCCAGGCGACAGGAGCUGCCGGCAACGCCCAGGGCGGAGCGGCUGGUAACGCACAGGGCGGUGCUGGUGGUAACGCACAGGGCGGAGCCGGCGGAAACGCCCAGGGAGGCGCCGGUGGCAAUGCGCAAGGCGGCGCCGCGGGCGGAUCGUGCCCUCCCACCACCGCGAACGAGGCCCAGGGGCCCGACAACGUGGGCGUCGACGGCGCCCAGUUCGUGACCGGCCAGUGCACCAGCGACGCCAACUGCGCCUCGGGCUGCUGCGUCCUCGGCGGCGGCAACGACCCGACCAUCGCCGUCUGCCGCAACGAGCCUGCCCUCCAGCCCGACGAGAGCUGCGGCUUCACCUGCAACUAA